AUGGCUUUGCUCGACGUCCUCAUCAUAGGCGGCGGCCCAGGCGGCCUUGCUGCCGCGACCGGCCUCGCGCGUCAGCUCUAUACCGCCGUCGUCUUCGACUCGGGUGUCUACCGCAAUGCCCCGACCAAACAUAUGCACAACGUUCCUACUUGGGAUCACCGCGACCCCGCCGACUUCCGGGCCAAGGCGCGCUCCGACGUCCUCGCUCGCUAUGAUACCAUCAAGUUCGAGAAGACCACGAUCGAGUCGGUUCGCCGCAGGGACGACGGCCGCUUCGAGGCCAAGGAUAUCAACGGCACUGUUUGGGCUGGCAAGAAGAUCGUCCUAGCGUCUGGCAUGCGGGAUAUCUUCCCCGACAUCCCAGGAUACGCCGAAGCUUGGGGCCGGGGAGUGUACCACUGCUUGUUUUGCGAUGGAUACGAAGAUCGGGGCGCGUCGUCGGCUGGUGUCCUGGCCAUUGGCGAUGUUGCCAAUGUGUCCCCCGCCUUGAAUCUGGCGCGUAUGGCUAAGCGCCUCGCGGAGAAAGUUGUCAUCUACACCAAUGGCGCAACCGAACUCAUGGACCAAAUCGUCGCCGCGCUUGGCAGCGACCCCGUCAUCACGUUUGAUAACCGCCGCGUGGUCCGGCUCGAAAAAGUCGACGAGGACCGUUCUGAAACGAUUGUGUAUUUUGACGAUGGAAGUAGCGUCUCGCAAGGUUUUCUCGUCCACAAGCCAAAGACCGAGGUCAACGGCCCGUUUGCGAAACAGCUCUCGUUGGAGAUGACUGAGACGGGUGCCAUCAAGACCAACCUGCCAUUCUACGAGACUUCCGUUAAUGGUGUGUUUGCUGUCGGCGAUUGCGCAAGCUCAAUGCCAGCCGUCGUUAACGCGUUGGCCAUGGGUGCGUUUGCGGCUGGUGGGCUCGCGGCCCAGCUGGGAGCUGAG